AUGGCUAGCCGGCUUUGCAAGAAAUCGUUUUCAAAUUUCGAGAGCAAAACUAUGGCGAUGAGCAAGAAAUUUUCAUCCAUCAUGUUUGCAGCUUCCACAAAGAUGAUGGUAAAUUCAUCAUCUAGGCAAAAUUUCUGUUCAGAAUAUCAACAACAUGUUCGUUCAUUUCAUCAAUCGAGUCGAUUUUUUGAAAAGAUUGAAUUUACUCCCGAAGAGUUACAAGUUUUGAAAGAGUUGAGACAAAGCAUGGACACACCUGUAACAGAAGAAAAUACCAAACGCAAAAUUAAUAAGAAUGCAGUUGGAGAGUUUAUUCCCGAUCCUGAGUUUGAUUAUAGCAACCUUUCUCCCGAUGAAUUCUUGGAGGCGUUGAGAAAUAGAAAACCGAGAGAGAAUGAAGAUGAACUACAAGGAAGAGAUGUCGAAAAGGAAAGAAGAGUUUUUGAGCUAGUGGAAGAGUUGUUGAAUAAUCCAGAGCUUGACCCUACCCAAGAACAAAUUGAGGAGCAUAAAAGAAAAGCCACCCAGUCACUCUUAGAAAUGGACGAUCAUGAAAACCUCUCGAGUAGUCAAUUACCAAUAAUUUCAUACGAUGAAUUGAAUAAGAAAUUUUAUAGAAGAAUUUACCUUGAAGAAACAACAACCAAAGAAAGAAAAAAAGAAUUCAGAAUUAGAAUUGGUCAGGAACAAUUAUUAAGAACCACCACCAACAAGGUUGUUACAGUUCCAACUCAAGAAUUGGGAAAUAUCGUUGCAGGUGAAUGGGAAUUACAAACUGAAUAUGUAAGACCUGCCACUCUUCCAAUCACAGAGUUGGUGUGUAGAAUUGAAGAUGUAAAACGUGAGACAAACUUUGAAGUCAGUUUCAACAUGAAAAACACUAUUCAUGGAUUUUUUGAUGGAGAAUUUGUUUGUUUACGACAAGGAAUGACAGACGACAAAAUUAAACAAGCAAUUAAGGAGCAUUGGGAUCCUCUCGUGGAUUGGUUUAACAAGGAAUUUGAUACAAAACUUGUAGUUCUCGAUGAAAAUAGUAGUUUUGCUGCUGAUGCAACACAAGAAGAUGCACGUAAAAAAUUUAUUGAACACUACACCACUUCUGAAGGCAUACGAUUAUAUAACAAGACAUUGAGUGUGAAAUAUUUAUUCGAUCGAAUGUCACCGGCGGCAUUGGUGAUUUUGAAUGCAAUGGUUGAGGUUACAGGAUCUGUGGUUAUUGCUUCUGCUCUCUACUCUGGAAACAUUAAUGCCAAACAAGCUGCUCUUGCCACUCAACUACCAGUACGAGAACAAACCAACGUUUUUGGGUUGGUCAUGGGAGAACAUGACUUGCAAUUUGCUGAACAACACUGCAAGCUUUCUGCUUUAGAACUUCUUUUGAGCAUUCAUCCACAAUCAAGGGAUAUUUCUGAUUCAUACAGUAGAAUACUUUAA